AUGACAGGAACCCAGUCUCUGCCGCCCCCGGCCUUGCCACAGCUCGUCGCGGAGCAGCACCACCCCGUCGCUUCGUCUGACAAAGACACGCGGAGACUGAUUGUAGUGCUUGCCAAUGCGAGCCUCGAAACCUACCGCGCCGCAUCCCAGGGAGGCUCGGCUAAUCGGAUGGGCGUCGCACAUCGCGACGAGAAGUACUCACUUCUCAACAGCGACGAGCACAUCGGCGUCAUGCGGAAGAUGAACCGAGACAUAAGUGACGCACGGCCCGACAUCACUCACCAGGUUUGCCACUCUUCCUCUCCUGUCGCAAGGCCGCGCGCCGCCGACGCACCGUCGUGUACUGAGACCUGGACGCAGUGCCUUUUGACCCUCCUCGACUCGCCUAUCAACAAAGCCGGCAAACUCCAGAUCUACAUCCUGACGGCGAAGGACGUCCUGAUCGAGGUCUCCCCCACUGUCCGCAUCCCACGUACAUUUAAGCGCUUCGCCGGUCUCAUGGUGCAGCUGCUCCACCGCCUUUCCAUCCGGUCUACUAACUCGCAGGAAAAGCUCCUUCGUGUGAUUAAGAACCCCAUCACAGACCACCUCCCUCCAAACUGCCGCAAGGUGACGCUGAGCUUUGAUGCCGAGGUGCAACCUGUCCGCAGCUACAUCGACAGCCUGGAUCCCAAGGAGAGCAUUUGCGUGUUUGUCGGUGCCAUGGCCAAAGGGCCUGACAACUUUGCCGAUGCUUACGUUGACGACAAAAUUUCUAUCAGCAACUACAGCCUUUCCGCGAGUGUUGCAUGCAGCAAGUUCUGCCAUGCCGCCGAGGACUCGUGGGAUAUCAUAUAA